AUGACGAUGAUGAUGAUGGCAAUGAAGAACGCGCUUGGCCCAUCUCGGGCAGUCCAGCGCACUGGGGGGCAGCAGCUGGGCUCGAAGCCCUUGAAGAAGUCUAUCCCUGGGGUGAGCAUCCGGCAGCUGGUGGAGGAGAUCCCUGAAGGAGGCAGUUUGCCGAGCUUUGAGCAGAGGCCCAUCCCUUUGGCUCUGCAGGAAGGGAAGAAUGCCAUCUUUCGGGCCGUGGUUGGUGGGGAGCCCAGACCUGAGGUGCACUGGCAGUGCACCAAAGGUGACCUUGGGGACCACAGCAAGUUCCAGAUCUCUUCCACCCCUGGAAGCAAGGAGCACGUGCUACAGAUCAACAAGCUGACGGGGGACGAUGCAGACCUGUACCGCUGCAUAGCAGUGAACAUAUACGGAGAAGCUGUGUGUGCUGCGAGGCUCACCGUCAUUGAAGUUGGUUUCCGGAAGAAUCGAAAGAGGCAAAAGGAACCCCAGGAGGACCUCAGGAAGGAGCUGGCAGACUUCCGGAAUAUUCUGAAAAAGAGAACCCCACCACCUACCCCAAAGAAAAAGAUAGACCCCGACCAAGUGUGGCAGCUGCUGAUGACCGCGGACCGGAAGGACUACGAGCGGAUCUGCCUCAAAUAUGGCAUCGUAGACUUUCGGGGCAUGCUGCGCAAACUGCAAGAGAUGAAGAAGGAGCAUGAGGACAAGAUGGCACAGUACGUCACUGCCGUCUCCAACCUGAGACACAUCAAGGUCACCAAGGAGGGGGUGGCAACAUUUGACCUCGAACUGGACCUCAAGAAUACUGACAGCAAGAUUUACUUGUAUAAGGAUGGUGAGAUGAUCCCCUUUGGCUUUGACAACCAGACCAAGCACUGUCUGCGGAGACUAGGAAAGCGUUACCAAUUCCAGAUCCAGGACCUGCAGCCUGAGGACGCUGGCAUUUACCAGGUCAAGGUUGAGGAUGUAGAAGUCUUCUCCACAGAGCUGGACACCAGCGCCAUCCCCCCCAGGGUCAUGGUUCCCCUGAAGGAGGUCCGCUGUGAGCCCCAGGGCGAUGCUGUCUUUGAAUGCACUCUCUCCAGUCCCUGCCCCAACGCUACCUGGCUUUUCCAGCAUCGCCCACUCCGGCACAAUGAGAAAUACGAAGUGUCUGUGUCUGCCAACGGGCUGACUCAUCGCCUGGUGGUGAAGGGGGCUCGUUUCUCAGACAUGGGCCUCUACUCACUGAGCACCGGGCUCCACGUCUCCAGCGCCUGGCUGGUGGUUGAAGAUGGAAAGGAUAAAGGCCUUCUGAUGACCAGUGACGACCACCAGCUACAGGCACCAGGAGCCAGGACCUCAGAAGCAGAAAACUGUGGGAGGAUUAGUGGAAAGGGAGGGGACCCCAGAGAGCAGGAUCCCAUGGGUGGUUCCCUCACAGGAACUGGGCUGACUUCCAGCCUCCAGGGUCCAGGUGGCCCAGAGAGAGGUGGUCUUGGUGCACAUGACUACUCCUUGAUGGGGGAAGAGGAGACUGCUUACUCAGCCUGGGGUCCUGGGCAUUCGAGAGAGGGAGGCUGGGGUGGAAAUCUUCCAGGGAGAACCCAUCUACAGGGCUCAGAUUCAGGGUUGGGCCUCAUGGAAGGAGCACAGCAAGAGCAUGGCCAAAGCAGUGAUGGAGACAGAAGCUGGGGGACAGCAGGAGGCUGGGAGGCUGGCUCCAAGCCUCCUCAGGCUGGAGGACUAGGGAACAGCUGGGAGGGAAAGGAGCACAGAGGGGACAGGCAUGGCCAGUUUGGUUCUGGGGGGUCUUGGCUAGAAGGGGAAGAGAUGGAGAAGACAUUGCAAGGGGAUGGCAUAGAUGGGAUGGAAGGAAGGGGUGGUCUGAGCAGGGGAAAGGGGAGAGGAAAGGCAGGUGUGGGCUCUGGGGCUUGGGACUCUCAGGGAGGCAGAGAUUCUGAUCAUGGAAAGGCAGGGGUCCACUUGAAGUCAGGAGAGUCUCUGGGACAGGCAUCAGGUGGCAAAAAAUUCCCCUUGGGGCCUGGAAGUCCUGAGGCUCAAGCAGAUUAUGAAGGCCUAGGGGAGCUUGUGGUUGAGGGAAAAGGCUUUAAAACAGGCUCUGGAGACCCUGGAGUGCUUGGAGGCUCUGGAGACCCUGGAGGUUCUGGAAGCUCUGGAGGCUCUGGAGGCUUUGGAGUCCCUAGAGGCUUUAGAGGCCCUGGAGACUCUGGAGACCCUGGAGGUUCUGGAGGCGUUGGAGGCCCUGGUAUCUCUGGAGGCUUUGGAGGCCCUGAAGGCUAUGGAGGCUCUGGAGUCUCUGGAGGCUUUGGAGGCCCUGGAGGCUCUGGAGGUUUUGGAGGCCCCAGAGACUCUGGAGGCCCCGGAGACUCUGGAGGCCCUGGAGGUUCUGGAGGCUUUGGAGUCCCUGGAGGCUUUGGAGUCCCUGGAGGCCCUGGAGUCCCUAAAGGCUCUGGAGUUCCUGGAGGCUUUGGAGGCUCUAAAGGCUUUGGAGGUUCUGGAGGCUCUGGAGGCUCUGGAGUUACUAGAGGCUUUGGAGGCUCUGGAGACUUUGGAGGCCCUGGAGGCCCUGGAGGCCCUGGAGGCUCUGGAGGUUUUGGAGGCCCUGAAGGCUUUGGAGGCUCUGGAGUUACUGGAGGCUUUGGAGGCCCUGGAGACUCUGGAGGCCCUGGAGGUUCUGGAGGCUUUGGAGGUUCUGGAGGCCCUGAAGGCUUUGGAGGCUCUGGAGUUUCUGGAGGCUUUGGAGGCCCUAGAGACUCUGGAGGCCCUGGAGGUUCUGGAGGCUUUGGAGGUUCUGGAGGCCCUGAAGGCUUUGGAGGCUCUGGAGUUACUGGAGGGUUUGGAGGCCCUGGAGGUUCUGGAGGCUUUGGAGGUCCUGGAGGCUAUGGAGUCCCUGGAGGCUUUGGAGGCUCUGGAGACUUCGGAGGUCCUGGAAUCUCUGGAGGCCCUGGAGAGCAUGGAGGCUCUGGAAACCAGGAAGGGAGCCUACAAGAGCUCAACAGAAAGGGCUUGGGUUACAGGGAUGGGCAAGAGUCAGCUGGGGCCUUAUAUAGGAUGAGAGAUGGCUCUAAAAGCCUCCAGUCUUCCCAGGGCUUGACAACAGGAUCUCAGGGAACUGGACACAGGACAGUUUAUGGAGAAGGGUCAAAGGGCUUUGGGCCUGGGGGACUGGGAUCAGAGGAUGUGAUUUUUGGGGAUGGUUCAGGGGGCCUCAGAGGAAAGGAGCCAAGAGAUGAUGCAAGUUAUAGGAAUAGUGUUGGGGGUUUGGGGGAAAUGGGGCCAGUGAGUGAGCUGGGAUAUAGGAAGGAUUUGGGGGUUCUUGAGGGAACGGAUUCUGGGGGAGAGGGAGAUUACAAAGAUAGUUUAGGGAGCUCUGGGCUCAUUUUUUCACAGAGUGAGAUGGAUUGUAGGAAAGGCUUGGGAGACAAUAAGGGGAUGGGGCCAGGUGGUGAGGGAGGGUAUAAGGGAGGCUCAGGAAGGUCUAGGGAAAUGGGCCCAGUGGGUGGAAGGGGCUGCAGAGAUGGCUCAGGGAAAUUUGGGGAAGCAGAUUCCGUAACUGGAAUGGGCAACGAGAGUAGACCCGGAGGCCAAGAAACUAUGGGACAUGGGCCAGGCUAUAGGGUCACAUCAGAAGCAUCUCCUAGCAGCACUAGUUCCAAGGACGGUGCAAAGAGAAGCCGUGGACCAGGGGUUGUAGAUGGAGCUGGCCUUGGAGCAGCACACAGCAACAGCCUCAAGGGCCCAGGGCUCCUGGGGUCUCAGGGAGGGCCAGGGACUCUUUCAGAUGGGCAGGGUGCCAGGAAUGGUCUUGGGGGGUGUGAAACCCCAGAGACCCCUGACGCCUUGUGGGCUGUUGGUGCCAUGGGGCAGGAUGGCUCUAGAAUCCCAGGGUGUCCCGCUGGUAGAGUGGUUCUAAGUGGGGAGCGUGGGUCUGCAGACCGAGCAGGGGACAUGGGGUCUUCUGGGUCUUUUGCUGGUGGUCAGGGGCCAGCAGAGGGUGAGAACUGGUCAGGGACAGCUGCUUUACAGUCUGGUCACAAAGGGGACAUUGGGAGAGCAGGCCCCAGGAUGGCAGGCAGGGGUGGAACUGCUGGCCAGGGAGAAUGGGCACCUCAGGGAGGUGGGGACUCAGAGUCCAGUGGCAGAGGGAAGGAAGCUGGCUGGGAGGGCUCAGAAGGGCCAGGCCAGGCUCUAGACAGCAGGUCUAUGUCAAGAGAAGGGAGAAUGUCAGUCUCGGGGGCUGCCCCACUUGGUGGGACCCAUGGCCAGCCAGGGAUUUCCAGUGGCCGGGCGGGCAGGCCUGGGCAGGGAGAGACUGGUAGACACCAAGGUCCAUGGUCCUUGGAGAGCAAAGGUCUAGGUCUGGAGAACAUGGAUAUCCUGGGCAAGGGGAAUUCUGAGUGGGAGAGUGGCUUCAAUUCAACUCAAAAAUCUGGCAAAUCAGGAUCUAGGGGUUCUUGGGAUGGCAUGGGUGGGGUCAGUGACAGACGGGGCCCUGAAGACAGAUUGGGGGGCUUCCAGGACUCGGACUUUCAGUUAAACAAAAGACAGAGAGGCAGAACUGGAGGCCUCAGGGAGCAGGGGUUCUUGGAGGGUGAGAAUGGCAGGGCCCAAGGUUCCAGCACACAGAGGGAGUCUGAGAGGCCCGGGGUAGAAUAUGGUGGGCUAGACAAGGGAUCUAGCUCAUUCUGGGGCAGGCCUCAGUCAGGGGCUGACAUUGGAGUAGCUAAGAGCAGGGGAGCAGAUGAGGCCGGAGACCUGGGGCGAUCACGUGGAGGUGAAAGCAGAGGGUGCCAUGGGGAAGCUCAGGACUGGAAGACCCCUGGUCAUCUGGGCAGCAGGAGAGGCGAUGCAGGGGCAAGGGCAAAACUCCAUGGCAAGGAUGCCCCCGAAAGUCCUGGAUCUGGAUACAAGCCGGGGACCAGCAGCUUCUCCAAGCAGGCCCGAGGUCUCAUGGGCCACUUCUCCCAGGGUCUGGCUGACACCGUAGCCCAGCAAGGGGAGGCUACCAUUCUUUCUUGCACCCUCACCAGUGACCUGGGACCUGGAACCUGGUUUAAGGAUGGAGUUAAGCUCGCUGCCCAGGAUGGAGUGAUCUUUGAACAAGACGGGCUUGUGCACAGACUCGUCAUCAAACAUGUGGAGGCAGAGCAAGCCGGGAGGUACACGUUUGUAGCCGGCAACCAGCAGAGUGAGGCCACACUAACCGUCCACGACCCUCCUACCAUUGCUCCGAGCGUGACAGAGAAGCUGAGAGAACCUCUGGUGGUCAAGGCUGGGAAGCCGGUGACAGUGAAGAUUCCCUUCCAGAGCCACCUUCCCGUUCAAGCUGCCUGGAGGAAGGACGGGGUGGAAGUGCUGGGCGGCAGCAACAGAGGGGCCCAGGUGGCCCUGGGGGACGACUUCACUAGGCUGUGCCUCCCUAGCGCCAGCAGGAAGGACUGUGGCCAGUACAGUGUGACGCUGAGGAGUGCAGGAGGCUCUGUGCAGGCCGACCUCUCCCUGCAAGUCCUAGACAAGCCCCAGCCCCCACAGGGCCCCCUGGAGGUGCAGGACGGCCAUGGGACUGGUGUCUGCCUCCACUGGCGGCGCCCUCAGGAUGACGGGGGCUGCGCCGUGCUACAUUACGUGGUGGAGAGGCGGCAGGCUGGCCGAAGCACGUGGCUGAAGGUGGGCGAGCCCUCGGCAGACAGCACCACCUUCACGGACGCCCAGGUGGAGCAGGGCAGGAAGUACACGUUCCGCGUGCAGGCGGUGACCUCUGAGGGGGCUGGUGAGGCGCUGCAGUCAGAGGAGGUGCUGGUGGCUCCAGAUGCUUUCCCUGGCCCCCCUUCCACCCCAGCCAUCAUAUCAGCCUCUAGCCAGGGCAUUACACUGUCCUGGAAGGCACCUCAGGGUCCUGGCAGCGCCCACCUCUUGGGCUACCUGAUUGAGAAGCGCAAGAAGGGGAGCAACACGUGGACAGCAGUGAACGACCAGCCUGUGUCAGAGAGGAAGUGGACGGUGAUGGACUUGCGGCAGGGCUGUCAGUACGAGUUCCGGGUCACGGCUGUGGCUCCCUCAGGCCCUGGAGAGCCUGGGCCCCCAUCGGAUGCUGUCUUUGCUCGAGACCCCAUGAGUCCCCCUGGGCCCGUGCGGGAUCUCCAGGUGACAGACACGUCAAACACCAGCUUUACCCUGAGCUGGGCCUCACCGGAUACCCAGGAUGCGGAUGAAGCCUUGGGGUAUGUGGUGGAGCUGUGUGGUUCAGAUAGUCUCCAGUGGAGCCCAUGCCACGUGGGCACCUUGGCUGUCACCACCUACACAGUCAAGGGGCUUCGACCUCAAGAGGGCUACUUCGUGCGGGUGACGGCUGUUAACGACGGGGGACGUGGCCAGCCCACUGCACUGGACAUGUUAGUGCAAGCUAUUCCUGCUUCUGUCUGUCCCAAGUUCCUUAUGGACUCCAGCAUGAAGGACUCGCUGACAGUCAGAGCUGGGGACUUGGUUCGUGUGCCUGUCUCCUUUGAGGCAGCACCCAUGCCUAAAGUGACCUGGCUGAAGAACGGCUUACCUUUGCCCACAAGAAAUGUGACCACCACCAAAGAUGGCCUCACCCAGCUUCUGAUUCCCAUGGCUAGCCUCUCAGACAGUGGCCACUACACUGUGGUGCUGAGGAACCUUCAUGGGAAGGAGGCCACUUACAGCUUCCUCAUUAAGGUGGCAGCGUUUCCUCGAGCUCCGGGGCCCAUCCGCCUGCAGGAGAACGUGCCCGGCACUGUGACGGCCGAGUGGGAUCCCUCCCCGGAUGAGGCAGGGGCCGUCCCGCUGCACUACACGGUGUCCACGCGCUCCUCUGUGCACGGGGCCUGGACGGAGGUGGCUGACCGCGUCCACACCAACCACUUCACCCUCCUGGGCGUCCUCCCUGGCCAGGAGUACCAUUUCCGGGUGGUGGCCAAGAACGAGCUGGGAGCCAGCAUCCCCUCAGACACCAGCGAGCCCUGGUCCAUCCCGCGGCAGCGAGACAGGUUCACGGUGAAGGCUCCAAGCUACCGGGAGCCCGACUUAAGCCAGAAGCCCCGCUUCCUGGUGGGCCUGCGGACCCACCUGCUGCCCGAGGGCUGCGAAUGCUGCAUGAGCUGUGCUGUUCAGGGCUCUCCCAGACCUCACGUCAGCUGGUUCAAGAACGGCCAGAGCCUGGAAGGAAACCCUGCAGUGUACAGCACCAACGUGCUAGGCGUGUGCUCCCUCGUCAUCCCUCGCGUGUCCCUGAAGGACAGUGGCCUGUACAAGGCUGUGGCUGAGAACAAGCUGGGUCAGGCGGUCAGCACAGCGACCCUCACUGUCACAGUGAAGAAGCUGUGUGUCAUCAUGCCCCCACCCUGCUCCAACCACUCUGACUGCUCUGUGUCUCAUCCCCAAGCCACGGACCACUGGAGCGAGACGUGA